ACGGUUUAACGAUUAGAACAUAGUCGGCUAUAAUUUGCUUGUAUGCUUUUGUAUAUGCUUGGUCAUUAAAAAUAUACAUUUUAAUAUAAUUUUCAAAAACCAAGAAAAUACUGUGUAGUUCGAACAGACCUUUCUAGAAAACUACUUUGAAAAUUUGAAAACUUUUACUUGCAAAUAGGCCAUUAUAAAGAGGCCUAAUCUUAUCCUCUAAAUUGAAUUAACAAAUUAAUGUGGUAUAUAUCUGUUGAAUUAAAUUGAUUGCACUGGUGUUUAAAUCCAACACCAACAUGCUGUAUUAGGUUACCAAGAACAGUAGGCCUAUAGCAUUCUUAGGGCUAUAAACAAAAUAAACACUAUUGGCCCAGCAAACCCACAGCAACUACUUUCAAAGCAUUUAUUUAAAACAUCCAAACUCUGUCGAGUAGGCUAUAACAAGUAAGUAGGCUAUAACCACUUAGCUAGCAAGAAAGCUCAUGGUGCACAACUCCUUAGCACUGGGUGCACGCGCCGGCGAACACAGCGCGGGUGUUUGCCUUCGCGAGCUCAUAAAUCAAGCCGUGGCAUGAAUGAGACGGACAGAGAGCAAUUGUGACGCAAUGUGCACAAAUAAAAACCCUCUUACAUUUUCAUAUGCUUCUCCCAUAGCCACGAGAAAAAGGAAGAGAGGCUUGGCGUACGUUUGGCAAUAAUUCAUUUUUAUAGCUUGUUUAAACACGCAUCGCGCGGCGAGAGCAGUGGUAGCAGUAGCGGCCCACCCAAGCUAAGACUGCAUCCCUCCUCAGUUGUUAAUAGCGGGGUGAUUCAAAACAGAUUGCAUAGGAGGCCAAUUUAUUUUACCUUGUGAAAUUUCAUCAAAAAAUAAUACAUUAUCUGGUGGAAAUUGUAUAGCCUAUAUUGGGUAUUUUUAUAGAGUGCGGUAACGCAAAUAAAAUAGCAAGUUUCCUUGCUGGUUCUGCAAUGGAGGUAAAGAGCGCAAUGUGGGACUAUUUCUGAAGUGUAGCAAAUGUUUUGAUUAAUGGAAAUUUUGUGACUUCGCAUAGAGCGGCGUGUGUGUGUGUGUGUGUGUGUGUGGUGUGUGUGUGUGUGUGUGUGUGUGUGUGUGUGUGUGUGUGUGUGUGUGUGUGUGUGUGUGUGUGUGUGUGUGUGUGUGUGUGUGUGUGUGUGUGUGUGUGUGUGUGUGUGCGUGUGUGUGCGCGCGUGAAAAAAGCUAACAACCAGUUGCAAUCCCACUGUGACCGAUUCAUAUACUAAUCUACAUAUAUUAAGUCCAUAUCCUUGUGAGUAUGUUUAUCAGCGUCCAGUAUCUGGUUUAUCGAAUAUUCUGGAAACAAUAAGCAGCAACCAUUGACUGUUUGAACAUAUGUUUGAGUCGAACAUGGGUUAGUGUGUGUGUGUGUGUGUGUGUGUGUGUGUGUGUGUGUGUGUGUGUGUGUGUGUGUGUGUGUGUGUGUGUGUGUGUGUGUGUGUGUGUGUGUGUGUGUAUACGUUGGCGUGUGCGUGCACGUGCGUAUUCCUUUAGUACUAGGCCUAUCCCUACAGAAUUUUCGAACCAAUGAUGACUGAAACGAACUAAGGACCUGUAACAAAAUCAUUCCGAGAGAGCGCGCCUUUUCUCUGACCAUGUGCUCACACAAAGGGCUGGAAGCUCCGAGGUCUGCCGUAGGGUUGCACAAAGUUUGGAGAAGCCAGGGAUUCAUGCGCCCACGCACUCCUUUUCGGGAACAGAGGCAGCUGGCGAGAGGAGGGGGGAUGGGGAGAGGGAGACCGAUAUAGGGGUCCAGUUAUAACGGGCCUUUCUAUGGGAAAUACUUAUGUGUUUAAUAAAUUAAAUAAAAUAAUAAUACGGAUUUUUUAUUUUUUUUACGAUUUACUCUUUCACUUCACCAGGUAGGCUGUUGCUAUAUUCGGCUAAUGUCAUACUCCUACCUUCCAAAGCAAACUUUACUCUCUACAACCAUUGCACUACUACUUUUCUUAGGGUUAGGGUUAAUGCAACCCGCAGGAAGCAAUACAUUUAGUAAGUCUACUUACAAACUUAUUAUGCACACGGUAUAAGGUGUAAGCCCUAACACUUUUUCCUUUGGUCUUUAGCAGAUUUGAAAAAAAUCUUAUUUCAAAUCUGCUCUUUAAAUCGGACUGAAUGUGGGUUCGUUAUGGCAUGUGCCAUGUAUUUUUGGCUAAACGUCCAGUAGGGGCGCAGAUCCAUUCUCCGACAGCCUCUCUCACCCCUCCCUCCCUCUCUUUUUUUCCUGUUGCCUUCCUCUGUGUGAUGAUUGGAGUGCUGUUCAUCGGCUAGGCGACUACAACGUUUUUCUACAACAGCAUCCUACGCUCACAUUGGCCUGCCUUUAGUCUUUUCAGCAGUUCUUUUCAUUAAAACCAAUUUCUCAUCAUGGUAUAUUUGGUAAAUAAUCUUAAUAAGACAAGCAGCAACCCACGUUCACGCCUCGGGUAUUACGUGCCUUGACUCCAGCGACAGGGCUCGCUAUCAAAUCAAAUCACCUGAUGAGUGUACAUCCAUAAUUAAAAUGUCUUGGCGUGGCUGUCUAUGGUAGACAUAUGACCUCGUGACCCUAUGCCAGAAAAAAACGCACAAUAUAACGUGUCGUAACGCAAUUAGUGACGUUCCCUCAAGAUGAAACAGCAAUAAGGCAUUUUCCCCAUGACCUACGUGGGAAAACAAAGAGCAGGAUAUCACCAACUGUCAUUUUUUUUAAAUAUAAAUUCUGUCCAAUUAAUCCGCAUCGUAAUCCUCCACCGCAACAUUUUUCAAAUAUCGGGAAAAUACAUCGCGCACAUAAAACAGGACGGCUUUGAUCACAACCACGUGACAAUAGCACUCCACGCCUUCCAAAUGGAUGCUGCGCCUCAAUAAAAGACCGUUCGACGCGCGCUUACAAAGAAAAUAGGCUGCAAGCACCGAGGGCACGCUCAAGCACAUCAACAUACAACCACGCACGCUCUCUUUCUCCCUCUCUCUCUCUUUCACACACACACACACACACACACACACACACACACACACACACACACACACACACACACACACACACACACACACACACACACACACACACACACACACACCCGAGCAUAUUCCAAAAUGCCAUACCUUGUUUCAGUGUGAUGGUAUUCACAAGAAAAACCGCUAAGAUGCAACCUUUUCCGUUCCCUGCUCUCCGUGCGACCCUGGGGCUGCCCACCGCCGUCUGCCUCCCGGCUCAUUGUUUGCCCAGCCAAUACAUUAGUGCAGACGCGCGUCACCUUGAUCGACGAGCGCUUGGAAUUUAAAUACCCUCUCAAACACCAAUCUGUCACCGCGAAAGGGGAACGGGACAAGUACCUGACUGGCUGACCCCAGGCCACGUGACAGCAAGCGUUUAUUGAUAUCGGCACAUGCACCCCCUCCCUUUUUUGUGAUCGGGAAAGAGUUUCCCAUAGGUAAACGUUGGCACGGUCACUCAGGGUAAAAAGGGAGAUUCGUCACCACCUGUCUCCUCGCGCACCUUCCCUCAGUCCGAUUAAAACAAUGCGACAAUGAGCAGCUUCUUAGAUUACUCAGUGAUGAGCGGAGAGGGCAGCUCGUGCUCGGUCAGGGCAUUCCACGCUGACCAUGGGAUUACAACUUUUCAGUCCUGUGCUGUUGCCCUGAACAACUGCGGGGCGGAUGACCGCUUCACGUCAAACAGGGCUUCCCCAGACAACGCUUCCCACCAAGCAGGGUCAUACCAGUCGACACCGGGGUCUCUUGGUUUGGCUUAUGGGGCCCAUCCGGCGUGUAGCUAUGGGCCCCAAAACUUCUGCGCAACCUAUAACCAUUACACGCUCAACCAGGAAGUUGAGUCAGCAACAGGGUUCUCUUCGUGCGGCCCCUUGAUGUACUCUGGGAAUAUCUCCGCCUCCAUGGUGUCUCAGCAUCGUCAAGGUUACGGGGCUGCAGGCUUGGGCCAACUUCAGUACGCCCAAGCCACCUACGGCGGCGGCCACGAGCAGGGCAGCCUAAACCACUUCGCCGGGUGUUCGAGCUCUCUAUCGCCGCUGCACACGGGUCACCUUGAGGCAUGCUGCUCGCCCCUGUCCGAAGGCGCGUCUUCCGCGCAGACGUUCGACUGGAUGAAAGUCAAACGGAAUCCUCCUAAAACAGGUAGGUCAGGCGAGUACGGCUAUGGCGGACAACCGAACACCAUCCGGACCAACUUCACCACGAAGCAGCUGACGGAGCUGGAGAAAGAGUUCCACUUCAAUAAGUACCUGACCCGGGCGAGGCGCGUGGAGAUAGCGGCCGCGCUACAGCUGAACGAGACGCAAGUGAAAAUAUGGUUCCAGAACCGCAGGAUGAAACAGAAGAAGCGUGAGAAGGAAGGACUGUUGCCGGCUAAAGCUCCUCCCAUCGGCCCGGGAGACAGUCAGGACAAAACAGACGACGCAUCAUCUGAGAAGUCUCUCUCGGCACCGUCCACUCCGUCCCCUACGCCCUCCGCUGGGACGGAUCCUUACGUGUCCAACUGAACAAACAGUUCAAGCCAGUGUUUUAAAGCAGGACUACCGAAGUUGCGUUUCCAAGGUGUGAUGGAGGACAUUUGGAAAUGCGCGACUAGUUUAAAUAGGGUUGAAUUCAUGCACAUGGACACAGUCACACUGACAAUAAUGUCGGCUGUUCCGUUGUUUGACUUCUUCAAAAUGUGUUUUCAGUGUUUGGAAAACCAAAGCAUUUAGAUGACCAAACUUGGGUUUGGCCGCCCAUUUUGUGAUAUAUUUCUGAAAUGCUGUGAAUGUGCCAACGUAUCCGUAGUCUUUGAAUGUUCCACUAUGUACAAAGGAAACAAAUACCUCAUGUGUGCCAAAGUUGUAAAUCAAAGACAAAGUGAUUGCACUUGAUGUCAUGAUCACAAUCAAAGAGACGAGACCUCGUGCAGGCCUAUAUUGUUUUGCUGUUCUAUGUUCUUAUUGAGUGUUAACAAUCUGUCACCCUGUUUUGUCUGAUUUAUGUGUAUCUAUGUCGCGAAUACCAAUCUGGAUUGAUCACGUGCGAUAUUUGCAUGAUGCGUACACCGCUUUUGAAUGGGACUCUAGACGCUGAGUUUUAUCAGUUUAUGGUAUGUUACGUCUCAUUUCCUUUUCUUUCGUAUUGUCGGGGCAAGGUUUACGGGUCAAACCAUGUGCAUUAAAGUGAUUUUACUUCUAAGAAAAUGUUUGGUAUCUUUUUUUUGGCGAGGUCCACUUCAAUGAAGAUAGUUUAUGGAAUGCUUGAAGAUGCGUUAUGGGGGCUGUUGAGACUAUUCUAACAUAUUUGUUUUUCCUUUGGUCAACGGGUUGACCCUGUAUUCCCUUCUGCGCUUGAUGAUACACGUGUUUAAAGCAGACUUGUUAAUUUCUCAACGUUGCCCUUUGCGCGCCUUGGAACCUUUCAAUGUAUGCAGACGGUCGCGCUCCCGUCCCUUGGGCACAGCAGUAUUGGCAUAAUAAAGGCAUGUUUAUCCACGGAGGAUAUGUGA